GCGCCAUGUGGGCACCUAAACCUGCUCCGUGUGUGACGUGUAGGACCUCCUCCUCCGACACACAGCAGCAGUAAUGGCGGACUACGACAGCUACGAUGAGCGGGACCGGGCCUACGGCAGCUUCGGCGGCGGUAGGGGGCCCCGUGGUGGAGGUGGCCCCGGAGGCCCCAGGAAGCAGAAGGAGCUGCCGUCAGAGCCUCCAUUUACGGCGUAUGUAGGAAACCUGCCGUUCAACACGGUGCAGGGAGACAUCGACAUCAUCUUCAAAGAGCUCAACAUCCGCAGCGUCCGAUUGGUCAGAGACAAAGAGACAGACAAGUUCAAAGGUUUUUGUUACGUUGAGUUUGAAGAUUUGGAAUCUCUAAAAGAAGCUUUGACGUACGACGGUGCUUUGUUAGGUGAAAGGUCACUGAGGGUCGACAUCGCAGAGGGGCGAAGGCAAGAACGAGGAGCAGGAGGCUUUGGCUUCAGGAAAGACGACGGUAGAGGACGAGGAGGUUCUCGAGGAGCUCCCAGAGGAGGAGGAGGAGGACGAGACUCCCGUGAGGACUUCUACGACCAGCAAGGAGGAGGUUAUAGAGAUGAUGACUACAUGGGGGGACGGAGUCGAGGUGGCGGCAGUCGCCCUGGUGACAGAAGGGGUGGAGGUGGAGGAAUGGGUCGCUUCAGAGACGGACCCCCUCGGGGAGGAACGACAGACUUCAGGGAACCGUCUGAAGAGGAGCGUGCACAGCGGCCUCGGCUGCAGCUGAAGCCUCGCACCGUCUCUGAGCCGCUCAACCAGGUCGCCAACCCAAACUCUGCCAUCUUCGGUGGAGCCAAGCCGCGAGAGGAGCACUGACUCACUUAAACCACCUCCUGACAUUCUCCCGACCAGACGGUGGCACUAACGCGGCGUGUCACCAACAGAAAAGAAGAAAUUCAAAGGUUUUUGUGCUCUUUUGUUCCUUCAGUGUGAAUCUUUUGGAAGUUGAGAAAUUAUGGAAAAGUUUUGACGGACCCGCAAAGUCAACAUUAAUAAAUUACUUGUUCAAAGAAGUCAGAAUAUUGAAUUUUAAAGAAGUGUGGUCCCUCAUCUUUAGUCUGUAGGGAAAAGUGAACUGACUGCGGACCAUAAACCUGGUCCAGCUGAAUAUUUUCAGGUCUCUGUGUGUCAGUGUGGAUCAGGGUCAGGUCUGGGUCUGUACUGGAUCAGUUGAACAGGAUUUAAACCUUCAGUGUAUUCGGCCUGUGUCGCUUUGAGAACAUUUGUGUCGCUGAUAAACAGUUUCCUUUGUUUUGCAGGACGUUAAAUGGAAGAACUUUUUCUUACUAUUCUAUAGAAUAAAAAAACAGCUGUUUUAACUUUUUCUUUUCCAACACUGUUCAUGGCAAUAAAACUGUAUCUUCAUCGUUCAUCAGACAGAAUGUGUGUAAUUUCAGGGUGGGAGGGGUCGAUUCCUCGUUUUGAUUUUUAUUUUUUUCUUCCAAAUGAAAGAAGAAUAAAGAAUAAAGCUCG